CGCUGCCAUAGUCGUUUUAGCUGCUGCAAUUGUCGGCUGUGCUUCCUCACGACGGCAGGCAGCUCUCGUUUGCAUCGGAACCACCACAACGUCCUGCUUCCUUCCCCGUCCUCCCUGGCCAUCCAUCCAUCAUGCAGCGGGAAGAGUGCAUCUACAACCUCAUUCCCAAGGUUGUCGUCGUUCCUGAGAAGCCCAAACGGUACUCGUCAACACAUGACCCCAACACGCAGCCGACUGCAUCUACGUUCGGCCUCCAUGGCAAGACCAAGUUGCUCGGAUCCAACUUGGGCGAGGAGAAGCCGCGGACGCCGCCACAAGCCGCCAAGACCUUCGGCAAGUUGAACCAAAAGCCCGACCCGAAGGAAUUUACAAAGAAGCAGUCGAAAUGCAAGAUGCCCGAGUCGAAGCCGACCAAGUUCACAUACGAAGGGGCGCGAAAGCCUGCGCUGGUCAAAGCUGACGAGAAGCCUGUGAUGGGGCUCAAGACGUCCAAGAAUUUUAUCACAGCCAACGCGGUGGAGGCGAUCUUGGAAAUGCCGGGGAACCGCGCGAGAGCCAAGCAGACGGCGCCCGUAUAUCGCGACAAGCCCGACUUUGGUCAGGUGCCGUCGUACUUGCGGGAAGUCAAGCAAGAAAUCGAACAGGAAAACGAAAUGAUCGAGGAAUUUGUUCGGCAAAACAAAAACAUCCUGGCCGACCAAGAGCCCAAGGUCGAAGCCAUGGACGACGACGAGCGCCUCCAGCUCAUCGAUGCCCUCAAAGCAAAGUGGGACCACGUGAACGCCAAGUACCAAAAGCUGUGCCACAACGUGUCGUUUGAUACGCAGGGCAAAGUCCGACGGAAGGAAACGUUCGAGAAGGAACUGACCCAGAUCGAAAAAGACAUUGACGUGCUGUCGCGGGGCCCCGUCGCAGUCAACCGAGGUUAAGACGUGAUCACACGCCAUGAACGAUGAGCGUCGCUGCAUGUAUGCCCGAAUCGUCCGAGGAAAUAUUGCGCUCGCGACUGUGUUUACACCACAUAGACGACCCCGACUCGCUCGUCGUCAACUGUCCGCAUCGAGCUAGGUGGCUUUAGGGUACGGCGUACGGCGCAAAGCUGCACAUCGAGCGACGAUGUGAUGCGUGGGACGUUAUUCAAAUGGCCACGACCGGUCAACG